AUGAAUGACGGUACAGUCGUCAUUCGUGAAGAGAAGGUUCCGUCGCGAAAUGUAGGCUUUAUUGGUUUUGUUGUGCACCCAUCUGUCGUCCAUCUCGUCGAUUCUCACGAGAUCCUGUCACCUCGUCUGGCCAUUCUUCGCCUCCGCCCUUUGCGCCAAAAAUCCAUCAGUAUCAUCAACUGCUAUUCACCAACAUCAGCAGCUGAUGAUUCCGAAUUGGACGCGUUUUACGAGGAGCUGGAGGAAGUAGUCCGCAACGAGAAGUCCUUUUAUAAAUUCGUUGUCGGAGACUUCAACGCAAAACUAGGAAAGGCCACAGAAGAGGAAUACAGGAUUGGAAGAUUUGGACUGGGGGACCGGAAUGAAAAUGGCAAUCGUCUAGCCGGGCUGUUCUCCGCCGCUCGCCUCUUUCAUGGGAACUCUCUUUUCAUGAAAAAAGAUCAUCGUCGGUGGACAUGGGAAUCACCCAAUGGCGCGACUCGUGCGGAGAUCGAUCACAUACUCACCAACCGGAGGUGUGUCUACUUGAUGUCUCAGUAG